UGAAGACAGCUACAUUUCUAACUCUGUGGUCUUCUAUUGGGUUUCAGAAAUGUCCACCUCCAGCAAUGUCCUGUCUGAAGAGCAGUUCCUGUGCUCUAUCUGUCUGGAUGUGUUCACUGAGCCAGUCUCUAUUCCAUGUGGACACAACUUCUGCAAGGCCUGUAUCAGGGAAUACUGGAACAGCACUGUCCUGUGCCAGUGUCCACUGUGUAAGGAUACAUUCAACAGAAGACCUGACCUAAAAACCAACACAACACUCAGAGAUGUUGCAGAUCAUUUUAAGAGGAUGAAGGUCACAGACAGAGAGGAGUCCUCUUCCAAGCCUGGAGAAGUAGCACAAGUGCAGCAGAUGAUCCAGGAGCGUCUGCAGAAGGUUAAGGACAUCAAAUACUCAGUAGAGCUCAGCCAGAGAGAUGCAGAGAGAGAGAUAGCAGGAAGUGUGGAGGUCUUCACUGCUCUGGUGCGCUCCAUUGAGAGAAGUCAGGGUGAGGUUAUUGAGGAGGUUGAAGAGAAGCAGAAAGCAGCUGAGAGGCAGGCUGAAGGGCUCAUUGAAGAGCUGGAGCAGGAAAUCACUGAGCUGCUGAGGAGAGGCACUGAGCUGGACCCCCUCCACCAGAACUCCCCAUCCCCGAUCAAGGACUGGUCUGAGAUCAGUGUUCACAGGGAUCUGCAUGUAGGAACUGUGAGAGAAGCUCUGUCUCAGCUGGAUGACACACUUCUGAAAGAGAUAGAGAAGUUGUGGGAUCCUGAGCUGAGGAGGUUACGGCAGUGGUCGGUGGAUGUGACUCUGGACCCGGAUACAGCACACUGCAAGCUCAUUGUGUCGGAGGACAGGAAACAAGUGAGCUAUGGAGACAUACGGCAGAUUCUCCCUGACCUCCCAGAGAGGUUUGAUAGUUAUCUAUCGGUCCUGGGAAAGGAGGGCUUCUCCUCAGGGAGAUUCUACUUUGAGGUUCAGGUUAGAGGGAAGAUUGAAUGGCAGGUAGGAGUGGCCAGAGAGUCCAUCAUCAGGAAGGGCCCAACAGCUGUAAGCCCCGAGGGUGGACUCUGGGCUCUGUAUAUGAAUAGGAAUAAGUAUGUAGCCAAGGACACACCCCCUAUCUCCCUCUUCCUGAGUCAGAAACCCCAGAAGGUGGGGGUGUUUGUGGAUUACAAGGAGGGUCAGAUCUCCUUUUAUGAUGUAGAAAACAGGUCUCAUAUCUACUCUUUCACUGGUUGUAGCUUCACUGAGAAACUAUAUCCAUACUUGAACCCCUGUGAUAAUGAGGGUCCAAACUCAGCCCCAUUGGUCAUCUCUCCUGUCAAUCACACUGACUGA